AUGGAUGAUUCUAAACCACAACCUACACCUAUGACUUCUGGUCUAAAACUCACUGCCAAUGGCUCUACAUCUAUCCCCGACCCCUCCUUUUAUAGAUCAAUUGUAGGUGGCCUCCAAUACAUCACCAUCACCAGACCAGAAUUUUCCUUUUCCAUUAAUAAAGUCUGUCAAUUUAUGCAUAAUCCUCAAGAACAUCAUUGGAAGGCUGUGAAACGGAUACUGAGAUACCUACAAGGGACUGUCACUCAUGGUCUUCACUUCAGAAGACCAACUAAUCUGACCUUAAUGGCCUUCUCGGAUUCCGAUUGGGGUUCUGACUUGGAUGAUCGAAAGUCUACAACUGGAUACUGUGUGUACUUUGGGAACAAUCUUGUGUCUUGGUCAUCACGAAAGCAACGUGCUGUCUCUAGGAGUAGUACCGAAGCUAAGUAUCGGGGUUUAGCUGCUAUUACUACUGAAGUUGUAUAG